GUUUAUAAAAAACAACUCCCUUGACUUUUUUUUUCUUCUUUCCUUCAAUUUUUUCUCUUUAUAUUUUAAAUGAGUAGCACAACAACGAGUAAUAAUAUAGAAGACUCACAGUUAUCUUUGACUGGCAUGGGGACACAGUUGGGGAUCAAUGCUGCAAUUGCAGUGGGUGUGCUCUGUCUAUUCAAUAUCUUAAGACCAAACAACUCUCUUGUAUACGCACCUAAAUAUAAAUAUGCAACGAAAACUAAGCAGCCACCGACAUUAGGACAUGGAUUUUUUGAUUGGUUUAAACCAGUAAUGCACACACCAGACUCUGUCUUGAUUGAGAAAAUUGGAUUCGAUGCCACAUUUUUUAUCAAAUUUAUUCGAAUGAUUCGACGUAUGCUUUACGUAAUGACCUUUGUAGGUGUUUGCAUUAUUAUCCCAAUUAAUAUUGUGGCCACAUCAAAAACAGGUGAAUGGCCACCUUCUCCUGGUGUAGAAUUUCUGUCGAUUUCCACCAUUAAUUAUUACGACGGUAAAUUUCAUUAUUCCAAUGGUGACUUGAUGUGGUAUUGGUGUCAUGCCGGUGGUACAUGGAUUUUUUCAAUUGUUAUGUAUGUCUUUCUCUGGCGUUUUUAUGUUGAUUAUGUCAAAUUUCGUCAAGAGUAUUUCGAAAGCGAAGAUUAUCAAAAUUCUAUGCAUGCUCGUACCUUGAUGAUUUUCAAUGUGCCUGUGUCUAUGAGAUCCGAUAAAGCGUUGGCGGAUUGGGUCAAUCGUAUGGGAUUAAAGUAUCCUGCGCAGCAAAUUUGUAUAGGUACACAAAACACCGAGCUUGCCGGUUAUGUAGAAGAACAUGAAGAAGCUGUGCGGAAAUUAGAAAUUAUUUUGUCAAAUCAUCUAAAAGAUGGCAAGGUUGUACAAGGUAAAAGGCCAUUGAUGAGAGUCGGAUCGAGUUUCUUUGGUUGCUGUGGUGGACAAAAGGUGGACGCCAUUAGUUACUACUCAGAACGCGUUCAAGAAUUACAAGAGAAAAUCACCGUUGCUCGCUCACAUAUCUCGUCUAGCAAAAAAACUAAUUACGGCUGGAUAUCUUAUGAUAAAGUAGCUUGGGCUCAUGCAAAUGCAAAACAUCUUGCUUCUUCCUCUUCACCAUUAUUGAACUUACCAAAAAUUCUAAGCGAAGGACCGAAACCUACCAUCGAGCUUUCACCACAACCAAAAGAUAUCAUCUGGUCUAACCUGGCCAUGAAUGAACAUCUUCGAAGAUCAAAAAGACUGAUUGCUUCUUUUAUUUUCUAUGGAUUUGUCUUCUUUUGGUUUAUCCCAUCCAGUUUUCUCUCAGCUUCUUCCAACGUCAAGGAGCUUUUCAGACUUUUUCCCAAUUCCAAAAUUUUCAUGAAAAAUCAUCCCACAUUUGUGUCUUUAGUGAGCUCUUGGUUUACUCCUAUUGUUAUGGCAAUCUUUUUUUUUAUUUUACCCAAAAUUCUUAGAUUUAUGUCGCAACAACAAGGCUAUAUGACAGGUACAAGUUUAGAUCGACAAGUGUUGGCGAAAUUGUUUGUCUUUUUCAUCAUCAACAAUUUAUUGGUCUUUACCGUAUCCUCAACUUUGAUUGCCGUGUAUUCAGAAAUUAAUGAAGCAGUUCAGAGUGGAACCACCUUGACGGCUCAUCAGUUUUUUACAACAAUGAGCGGUAAUUUAACUCAAGUUGCAAAAAAUCUUAGUGAUGUUUCGACCUAUUGGGUAAACUAUGUUUCAUUAAAAGGUCUUGGUGUCAUUGUUGAUUUAGCCCAGGUGGCCGUACUUUUGACUGUCACUUUGAGAAAGUUAUUUACUAGACCGAGUCCUCGUCAAUUACAAGAAUUCACUCGUCCUACUGCUUUUGACUUCCCAUUGUUUUACAAUGUUUUGUUGUUCUUUUUUACAGUCGGCCUUGUUUAUUCUGUUAUUGCUCCUUUGGUUCUUCCUUUUACAAUGAUGUACUUUUUAUUGGCCACCAUGGUCUUUAAAUACCUCCUCAUGUAUGUCUAUGUGACUAAUGUUGAAACAGGAGGCCAGAUUUGGCGUCUGUUAUUUAACCGUCUACUUGUGUCUGCUGUGUUAUUUCAAGUUGUUAUGUUUGGUGUGCUGAGCUUGAAGAGUGCCCGUAUUGCCUCCUUUGCAGUUGCACCUUUACCCAUUGUUACCAUUCUUUUUAAAAUUAUUUGCAGCCGCAGGUUCGAUCAUCGCGUCUACUACUAUCAACCUAAAAUCGAUGCUUAUCAUGGCGGAAGUGACCAUAAGGCUGGCAAUCAUGAUAAAAAGAACACCAAGAACUCGAUCGGCUUUCGGUUUGGUGAUCCAGCCUUUUUCGCGGAAUUGCCUAUACCCAUGGUUCAUGAAAGUGUGCGCCAUUUACUCCCCAAACUUUACGGUGGUGGAAAGACAGAAAAGAAACCAUUUAUGAGUCGCAUGACACGGCAAAAAAGUGUACGUCAUGUAUCAGUGAUUCAGUUAAAAAAUGCAACAGGAGGUGAAUUACAGUUCCAAAGUGUUGGCGAAAAGGACCUUGAGCUGGAUGAUUCCACAGAGGGUGUCAAGGGAAUGUAUAAGUUUAACGAAGAUGAAGAAAGCUUGAAUGUCGUGGAGCCAACCAAAACCAAUUAUUAUGCAAAUAAUUUUGCGGCGGGACCCAAUAAUAGUAUCAAUCCUUUAAAACGGUUGAGCAAUCGACUGUCCUUCAAAUCCACUCCAAAUCACAAUGAUUUGUAUUCUGCAAAAAGACCACUUGUUGAUUCAACGUCAGUCAGAAUGCAAACCGAAGAAGACUUUUCGUCCUCCUAUUAUCAACAAACCCAUGAACCAAAAAUGACACAAGAUAUGGAAUACUUCGUUGCUGGUCAAGCAUAUCGUACUCACAAUCCACAAAAUCUAAAUAGCUCAAGUGCGAUUGAAAUGGCAAAUAUUUAUAAAGCUCAACAACAACCCUAUCAAUCCGCACCAAAUCACACCGUAUUAGAUAACUAUAACCAGUACAUUCGUAACCCAGUUAAUGCGUAUACGGGCCAAGGAAGAGCUAAAAACUAUCAGCAAGAUGCAAAUUAUCAAACCAACCAGCGUUAAAAAGAUAACACAAUUAUAAGUUUUUAUCUUUUCUGUAAAUACGAUCAAGAGAGAAGGAUAGUUGAUCUAUUCCUAUGCUUGAC